AUGUCUGCGCCGCCGUCCACCCGCCCUCCGGCUGGUAACAGUCGUCGGAGCACAACCUCUUUGAGUGCCCCGCCUAAGUCUAAUGUGCAACAGACCACUUCCAAUCCCUCGACAGAAACACGCAUGGUAAACCCUACCCUCAACAACAUUCAAACCUUCGAGAAUGAUGGCGUCCCAAACAACAGUUCCACAUCAAACAUGGACCCUCUGGCACCUGGUAACAGGCUGUCAAACCCUAGCAACGAAACUUCUCUAAAAGAAACGGGAGAGACGGCUGCAAAACCCUCUUUUGCGGCGGUCACGGCACCAAAAUAUGUCAGGAAGCCUGAUAUUAUUGCUCACAGGUAUAAUCGGUUCCAGCCAGAACGUACGGGGGAUACUUACACUAUCACUAUCCCAAUGGAUUUUUACGAACAGCAAGUUCAAAAUUUCAAACAUGCUGUCAUCGCUCGCCUCCUUUUACGUAAGGGAGACAAACCAAGAUCUACGGAGGAUCUUAAACAGGAGCUUCAACUUCUUUGGAAUGUGAAGGGGCAGUGGACUCUAAUUCCCAUGGGGAAAGGCUUUUUCACGCUAAAAUUCUCUACAUCGGAAGACAAGGUUGCGGCAAAACGUCAUGCUGUUUGGGAUCUAUCUCGUGGUUCAAUCCGCAUUCGGGAAUGGAUUAGAAACUUCGACCCCUACAAAGAAGUCUCUUCGCUUUGUCAAGUCUGGGUGAGAAUCUAUAAUUUACCGGUGGAAUACUGGCAUGCAGAGGUGAUUUCAGCCAUCGGUAGAACUCUUGGAUCGCCGAUCAGAAUUGAUAGUCUUUCAGCACAUGGGGAAAAAGGGAAUUUCGCUCGUAUCCUUGUUGAAUUAGAUCUUGCGAUCCCGCUACAGGAAUCGGUUACCAUCGAUUGUGGUAUUGCCUCUUUCUAUGUGGAGUUCGUGUAUGAACGUCUCCCUCUCUAUUGUUCUCAAUGCAGGCUCACAGGUCACACCGUUGAAAAAUGUAAGAAACUUUUAGCACGUCAAGAAAAUAAGAUCGCGGAAGAAGCUAAAGGGAAACAAGUGGAUAAUGCUGAGACAGUGGGAGAUGGGUUCACUACAGUUAAGAACAAAAAGUCUUGGAAACCGAGAUAUGAAGGUGAAGCCUCGGGCUUGGGAUAA